ACGUCGUGACGUACAUUGUAACGGGCGUUUUGAUCCGUUGUCUUGCAGUUUGUGCUCAAUUUGUUAUAGAAGUCGAGUUAAAUGAACAGAAUGAGUGUCGAUAAAUACACGCGGUUGUAGUUUAACUACCAAACAUGGUCGUUACCUCGGCGUCAACUCGAGAAUUGGCUGAACUCAUAAAACUGACGUACGGAGAAGGAGAGCACCUUAUGCUAGCUUCAGACUGAACGGCAACAGAAGCAGCAGCUAAACACAAAUGUCCAGUUUGUGAGUCGUUGGAGGAUUCUCUCUCAAAGGCGGACAGCUUUUUGGUGCCUUUUAUCGUCAGCUGUGUGUUUUUACCCAAUGAAGAAUUGUGAGUACCAGCAGAUCGACCCACAGGCGCUGUCCGUGCCGCCGCUGUCGGCGCAGAACCACACCGAAAAGAAAGCGCAGCGGUUGCGGAGGAAAUGGGAGUUGUUUCCGGGGAAAAACAGAUUCUUCUGCGAUGGAAGACUCAUCCUAGCCAGGCAGAGCGGGGUCUUUCCUCUGACACUGGGCCUUGUUGUCGUCACAUGUGGCCUUUUCUUUGUAUUCGAUUGCCCAUUCCUGGUGGAGCAUUUGACCAUCUUUAUACCUGUGAUAGGAGGGGUGCUUUUCGUGUUUGUGGUCCUCUCCCUGCUGAGAACCAGCUUUACAGAUCCAGGCAUCUUACCCAGGGCCACCGCAGAUGAAGCUGCAGACAUAGAGAGGCAGAUCGACACGUCAGGGUCCUCUACAUAUCGCCCCCCACCUCGAACCAAGGAGAUCCUCAUCAACCAGCAGGUGGUGAAGCUCAAAUACUGCUUCACUUGUAAGAUGUUCCGCCCGCCUCGAACCUCCCACUGCAGUCUGUGCGACAACUGUGUCGAACGGUUUGACCACCACUGCCCUUGGGUGGGAAACUGUGUGGGAAAACGCAAUUACCGCUUCUUCUACAGCUUCAUCGUCUCCCUGUCCUUCCUGACUUCUUUCAUAUUCGGCUGCGUCAUCACUCACAUCACCCUGCGUUCCCAAGCAGGUAAAAGCAUUGUCCAAGCCGUUCAAGAAAGUCCUGCCAGUGUGGUGGAACUGGUCAUUUGUUUCUUCUCCAUCUGGUCUCUUCUGGGCCUCUCAGGCUUCCAUACCUACUUAGUGGCCUCCAACCUCACCACAAACGAAGAUAUUAAGGGGUCUUGGUCGAGUAAAAGAGGCGCAGAGGAUUCUGGGAACCCGUACAGUCAUAACAACAUUGUAACCAACUGCUGUGUGACGUUAUGUGGCCCCAUGCCUCCAAGCCUGAUUGACAGAAGAGGUUUCGUUCCUCCCGAUGAGCUGCCGGCUGCUCCGGCCUCAGAGACGGAGUUGCUUCCCUUCACAGCCAAGAACGAUGCAAACAUGUGCACUCGGAGCACAAAGGAUGUGUUGGAGAAGAUGGUCAACUCCUCUGACUUUCAUGGCCUGUGCCCUGCAGGGACCCCAAAGACCUCCCCCCUGGUCCAGGAGGUUCCCAGCAGCGCUCCAGCAGAGCCCUCCUCGCUGUCCGCCGGCUGCUCGCGGCAGCACGACGGCCAGGCCACGGCUCCUCGUUGUCUUCAGUUCAGCGAACGCAGCAGGAGGGACUCGCUGCACUCCAUCAACCCAGCCUUCCGCCUGGCUUCUCCGUCGCCGUCGCUCAGCCGCAGCGCUCUGGUUCUCGGCGACGCACCCGACGUCGGUUUCACCCCGUUGCACCGAGGGGAGUGCUGACGCUCCAGCUGCACGCACUGCUGCUUUAUUUUUAAUCACCCAAAAGUGGUUCUGGAUACAAAUAC